GUCUUGAAUAAACCGUACCCUUUAGUUGUCUCUACCAAAAAGCCUCGCGCCAUGAAUGAAGAAACCACCACCGGAAGCAACACCACCAUGACCACUCCAAAGGGAAAAACCAACCGCUUACUCCUCCUCCUCACUGUCCUCCUCCUCGUGGUCGGAGCCACCGGCGCCCCCCUCGUCUCCCGCCUCUACUUCAUUCACGGCGGCCAACGCAAGUGGCUCACCGCCUGGAUCCAAACAGCGGCUUUCCCCAUCCUGUUGAUUCCCCUCUUUCUCUCCAAAAUUUCCAGCACCUCGCAAUCUCAAAGAAGACAGUCCCAUGUUACCUUUCCCUUGGCCCUUCAAAGUGCCGGCAUAGGCCUGCUUAUUGGCAUCGACGACUACAUGUAUGCUUUCGGUCUCUCUUACCUCCCCAUUUCAACCUCCACUCUCCUGGUUUCAACUCAGCUCGGCUUCACCGCCUUCUUCGCGUUCUUAAUUGUUGGCCAAAGGUUCACUGCCCAUACAAUAAAUGCUGUGGUUUUGUUGAGCUUGGGUUCGGUCUUGUUGGGGCUCAGGGCCAGCGGUGAUAGGCCUGAGGGCGUGACGGGUGCACAAUAUGGGCUCGGGUUUGUGCUCACACUCGGUGCUGCUGCUCUUAUUGGUUUGGUGUUUCCUUUGAUUGAGUUGGUGUAUGUGAAGUCUAAGCAAAUUGUGACGUUUGGGCUGGUCAUGGAGAUGCUUUUUGUUAUGUCUGUGGUGGCCACAGGGUUCUGCACAAUAGGAAUGGUUAUCAACAAGGACUUUCAGCACUGAAGUUCUAUCCUCCUCCUACCAUCCAGCCGUUCAAUUUUGAUCAAGCGA